UCACAUCCUCCUUCUGCCCCUGUCCCUGUGUUAUAGGUGGAGGAGAUGGUGCAGAAUCACAUGACCUACUCCCUGCAGGAUGUUGGUGGAGACGCCAACUGGCAGCUGGUUGUAGAAGAGGGAGAAAUGAAGGUGUACAGGAGAGAGGUGGAAGAGAACGGGAUAGUUCUGGACCCGCUGAAGGCCACACACUCAGUGAAGGGUGUGACUGGACACGAGGUCUGCCACUACUUCUGGGACACGGCCUACCGCAACGACUGGGAGACCACCAUUGAAAACUUCAACGUUGUGGAGAAUCUGUCAGAAAACGCAGCAAUUGUUUAUCAAACGCACAAGCGUGUGUGGCCGGCCUCUCAGAGGGACGUGCUGUACCUGUCCGCCAUGAGGAAGAUCAUGGCCAACAACGAGAACGACCCCGACACCUGGCUGGUCUGCAACUUCUCUGUGGAUCACGACGAUGCUCAGCCCUCCAACAAAUGUGUCCGUGCAAAGAUCAACAUCGGCAUGAUCUGUCAGACCCUGGUCAGCCCACCAGAGGGAGAUAAAGAGAUCAGCAGAGACAACAUCAUGUGCAAAAUCACUUACGUCGCCAAUGUGAACCCCGGAGGCUGGGCCCCUGCCUCUGUGCUCCGGGCCGUGGCUAAGAGGGAGUACCCCAAAUUCCUCAAGCGCUUCACCUCCUACGUCCAGGAGAAGACUGCUGGCAAACCCAUCUUAUUCUGAGGCGCACAGUGUUGAGACGAAGGACAGAAACGCGUAUGAGGCUUUGAGGAUCCAGGUUCUUCAGUCUGACUGCUGCUCUGCUGCUACCCAACACAUUUUGUAAAGUGGUUUUCUCCCUCAGUUUUUAGCUACGAGUUAGUUCCUAUAGGGGGAGGAAGGGUCAAAAUGCUGCCCUCUGGUGGCUGCAUUCAAACGUCUGCGAGACAUUCAUAUAAAACAAUAUUCGUGAGGCAACUGAAACCUCGCUGUGAUAUCAUAAUUCGUCAUUUCAUUAAGUAGUCCUGUGAUGAAUGCACCCAGCAGGGGGCCCCGCCUCCCCAUUCAAGUUUUUUAUGCAGCGGCUGAUGCCAUCGUUCAUGCUCCUGUAGAAAAAGGAUUUGUCGUGUUUCUUACAGAUAUAUUAAUAUAUAAAUGUAUGUAUGUUCUAUAAGAAGUUUAUAAAGAGGAAACAGACAGAUCUUUGCUAAUAGAAGGAAAUAUUUUAUUGCAAUUUAUAGCUCCUAUUUUUUGUUGAUUUAUUUCAUAAUAAGUCAUUCCUCAGCUUUCUUUUGAAGCUGCUAACUAUUGCUAGUGAAACAUCACUGAUUGAUUAAGUCCAGAGGGCUGUCAUCUUCCCAUGAGCCCUAUGAUAUAAGACUUGACCUCUUCGACCCCGUCCCUCUCAUGAAAACACCCCCUGGUGGUGCUGACGGAGGGACGAGGCGUCAGGAGUUUGUCAUUUAUUUAAUGUAAAAAAAGUUUAAUGUACAUUGUUUGCUCGGCUUUAUAUUUGUUAUUGUACAAUGAUGUAGUGUCAUAUAGCACCUAUUUUGAAUGUUUAUUAAGUUGUAAAUACACAACAUUUCUCUGAAGGUCACAUCGUUGUUGAGCCCAGAUGCCUUGGUGUAAAAGGAGAAUCUAGCUUCAGAUGGGACAAAGGAAAAUCAGUAGUGAAGUGCCUCGUGGCCGAGUUCCCCUUAUAAUCAUCUCCUCAAGGAGUCCAUUUAAAUGUACUGAAUGAAACAGAGCACACUUAAUUUGGGUUUCCCACCGAGGGCUAGCUGGAUAUUUGUACAAGUUGUAGUAUUACUUUAGAUACAUUUCAGAUUAAGUUCCGUAUCAGCAUCGUCUCCUCCACAUUUCGGGUGUGUCACAACAUUUGCUACUGAAGACAUCAACUUAGGUUUUUGUAUAAUGUGUAAAAAUGUAGACAGAGGUGCAAAGUCCAGAGUUCAGUAAGGAUCUACGCUUGAGACCUUCCUGGUUAAAUAAAAAAUAUAUAUACUUGAUGGAAAUAUCAUCCCACUUUUAAGAGGAAGCUGGUUUUGGCUUCCUGAGUUAUUUGCCAUGUAAAACAUCGGUAGCUCUACCUGAAUAUAUUUUAGUACUAUUUUCCACCAGUGGACAGCACAAUGUUUGUUUUUGGGUUAAUUCGAUGAUAUUUGUUGCUAUUUUUUCCGUCUCUUCUUGAGCAUUUGAUUUUGGAGCUUCUAGCAGUGAUGUGGGUGAGAGCGAGCCGUAUGAUACUCAGCCUUUGGGCCAAGUGGAAUGAAGGAAGGCUAAAGCACUUCACCUUAACACUUCUAAAUAAAAAAUGAAUGUUAUUAGGAAUAUGUUUUUGUAAAUAAUUUGUUCAUACUAAUGCUGUGGGAUCAACUUACAAAUGUACUGUGACAGCGUUGCACUUCUGCCCUGUUGAAAAAGUGAAAUAAAUAAGUUCAUCCUUCA